AUGGCGAGGCUAUGUCCCCGAUUUAUACCUAUUCAUUCCUCUGAACGAAUUCCUGAGUCGGUGCUUGAGUCCCAAUGGUCCCGGCACGGGGUGCGGGUGCGCAGGUGGCCCGUCAGCUUUCUUGCCGGCUGGUGGAUACCAAUGUGCCGAGUCGGCACGAGGUGCGGGGGGUAUAACAACUCUAUUUACGGUUUACUUGAAAAUACUUCAACAUUUUGGUCAGAAGUGAAGCGGUAUCGGGAUUCUGCAGGCAACCCCUAUGAGGACGUGGUGAAUUUUGCUCUCAGCCUGCUUUCAUUGCCAUGGUCAAAUGCUGAAGUAGAGAGAGAUUUUAGCCAAGUAAACUUGGUGAAAACCAAAAUUAGGAACCGAUUAGAGGUGGAUACAUUAAAUGCCAUUUUGGCAAUCAGAUUCGGAUUGCGUCACCAUAAGUUAUGCUGUCAUAAUUAUAACUUGCCUGAGAAGUACCUCCAAUUAAUUGGCUCCAUGGCUACAUAUGAGGACAGCAAUGAUGAUGACGGGAAAAUAAUAGAAGAUGCCUUAAAACUAUUAUCUUAAUAAUAAAAAAUAAUAAUA